UUAUAUACACACCCGCCUCUCUAUCUCUCUUCCAAUCUCCAUCACUUUUUUCUCUUCAACUCCAAACCUCUCCCUUUCAGAUGGAUUCUCAUUCUUCUUCCUACCACAGUACUUCUUCUGUCUCAGGCUUCUACAGCUUCCUCGCAAACGGCCUCGACGAGCUCGAAACCACGGCCUUCUCAGCCAACUUCUUGUCCUUUCAGUACCUCCAGCGCGUCCUCUCAUCGCUGCGGUCCUUCCACGCCCAACUCACCAUCCUCGUACAGAAACUCCGGCUCCCUGUGGGUGAGAAGUGGCUCGACGAGUACAUGGACGAGAGCUCAAAGCUCUGGGAAGCCUGCCAUGUCAUCAAGUCUGCUGCCUCCGCCAUGGAGGGAUACUGCAGCGCCGGCUCUAACAUCGUCUCGUCUCUUCUCGGGUUUCAUGAUGACGAGUUCGGUGAUUAUGAUCAUUAUCGACAGGUGCUUUGGGCUAUAGAUGGUUGCAGAAGGGAGUAUGUCGGGCUCACGGAGACGAACAAGACCUUGAUCGAGAGAAGAAUCGAGCCGCUCGGGCUCUCCUUCAACGAGAACAACAUCUCGUUCCCGAUGCAGUCUAACUUCAACGGGUUCAUGGGGUUCCGGGGCGUCCUCUACGCGAUGAGAAAUGUGACCACGCUGCUCCUCAUGAUCCUUCUCGAAGGGCUGGUCUACUGCGGGCCAGUCUCUAGUUUCACCUGUGAGGGGGACUGUAACGGGGGGAUGCCGAACAUGGUCUUUGGGUCUAACUUCAUGGCAUCCAUUGCGAGGUUGCGGAGAAGGGUGGCCGAUGAGAUGGAAAGCAUCGGACAGGGAAUGCCCGGGAUUUUGUUGUAUGAGCUUAGGAGGGCGAGGUUCGCGAUUGAAGAGGUGAGGUCGGAGGUAAAGCGGAGCGUGGACAGUGGGACCGAAGUAGUCCAGGUCGGAGAGAAAGCCGAGAGGCUGAAGGUUUGCUUUGGAGGGCUGCGGAACGGGGUAGAGAGCAUCGUGGGCCAGCUCGAUGAUUUCUUCGAUGAAAUAGUCGAAGGGAGGAAGAAGCUCUUGGACUUGUGCAGUCGUAGGUAAACAUAGAAGACAGACAAACAUAUGUAGACAGACAGUCGAAGAAUAGAUAGUUAGCUAUCGAUCGAUUGAUGUGUUGAUUAGGUCGAGUGCGCAUAAAUCAAUUCUGGCCGCGAUCGAACAGGAGAAAUGGGAAAUGAAGGAAUUGUAAAGCGGAGUUGUUAUAAAUUGUUAUUUUGAUGCUGAA